AUGGCGAGUGAAGCCAUGUCCAACCCUUUCGCUCCCCUCACCAACCAGCAGCAGCUGCAGCAACCGUCGUCGCAUGACCAUGAGCACCCUCCCCCUCCUCCCGCCAAGAAGAAGCGCAGCCUCCCCGGCACACCAGACCCUGAGGCGGAGGUGAUCGCGCUGUCGCCGCGGACGCUGAUGGCGACGAACCGCUUCGUGUGCGAGAUCUGCGGCAAGGGCUUCCAGCGCGACCAGAACCUGCAGCUGCACCGCCGCGGCCACAACCUGCCAUGGAAGCUCAAGCAGCGGAGCGGCAAGGAGCCCCGGAAGCGCGUGUACGUGUGCCCGGAGAAGACCUGCGUCCACAACAACCCGGCCCGCGCGCUGGGCGACCUCACCGGGAUCAAGAAGCACUUCUGCCGCAAGCACGGCGAGAAGAAGUGGAAGUGCGACAAGUGCGCCAAGCGCUACGCCGUGCAGUCCGACUGGAAGGCGCACUCCAAGACCUGCGGCACCAGGGAGUACCGCUGCGACUGCGGCACGCUCUUCUCCAGGCGGGACAGCUUCAUCACGCACCGCGCCUUCUGCGACGCGCUCGCCGAGGAGACGGCGAGGAUCACCGCCGCUAACUCGGGCGCGGCGGCGGCGGGGCAGGGAUACCUGUUCGCCGGCUCGGCGCCGGCCGGGAUGGCCGUCAGGCCGCACAGCAUGAUGCUCCCGCCGCCGGCCGCCGCGCACCUGAUCAGGCCUGCAGGUGGACAGAUGCUGGGACACACGGCGGGCGCCGUCGGAGACAUGCUGUGCGAAGGCGCCGCGGCCCGGCACGGAGGGCUCUCUCUGUGGGGCGGCGAAAACACGCUGCCGUCCUCCAUGGGCAUGCAACACAUUGGUGGCCUACUGUCGUCCGGUGGUGCGGGCGCACCAAUGCCGCCGCAGAUGUACGCGGAUCUCUUCGCGCCGACCUCCGCCGGCGCGCCGCAGCAGUUUGACAUGGCGCAGCUGAGCUGGAUGUACGGGAACAGCGGUGGCAGCGGCAAGCUCUCGUCGUCGAACGCCAGCGAGCUGACGACCAACUCUUCCAGAGAGGCGGAUAGCGCGCCGUCCGUGUUCAGCGGCCAGCAGCACGCCAAGCCUGCCGCGCCGCCUGCCGACAUGUCCGCGACGGCGCUGCUGCAAAGGGCGGCGCAGAUCGGCUCCGUGACAUCGUCCAACAACGCCACGAUGCCGGUCAUGGGGGCCUUUGAGCCGGCGCCCAAGUCAGCCGCGCGGGACGAGGAGCGCAACAAGUUCUUUUUCGGCGCGAGCCAGCACAAUGCCAACGUCUCCGGCGCAAUGAGCGAGCUCACGGCGGCCACCGGGAGCAUGCCGUACGACCUUUUCUCGGCGGCACGCCAUGCCGGCCUCAAGGACGCCGUCGGGAGGGAGGAAACUAGGGAUUUCUUGGGCGUUGGCAUGCAAGCACUCUGCUCAUCAUCCAUACAUGGGUGGAUUUAA